AUGACCAUCCCGCUGUCGCUUUUCGGACCAAACGAUUUAAUGCCAGAAAGAAGACUCGAUUUUGAGAUGCAGAGAUGUAUUGACGCUAUCUCACCGUCGUGCAAGUAUUAUCUUCGACAUUUAUGCAAACGACACCGUGAGACUUUCGUUUCUGGUCAACUUGGCCAGCCGUCUAUCCCAUGCCCAAGCACUGUAUCCCACGGUAGCUCCAGUAUGGAUAUCGAUGAGACGAUCUCUUUUGAAGUCAAGUCGGAAGCCAGCCUUCAACUACAAAUAAUUGAGCCGCCAAGCUCGGCAGGAAGCGAGUCCAAGUAUACCGACAAACUUCAAGCCGUCGAGUUAUCCAGAAUCGAUAAACACAACAUAGACGUCACGGAACAAACCAAAUGUUUGGCGCGUGAUGGAAACGGGGAGCCUAAUGUGGUUUUGGAGUUCCGGGGGAUGCCUCAAACCAAAUACUGGUUUGGCCAACAGAUUGGUAUCUUCAACACCCGCACAGGACAUGAUCUAAAAGAGUGGUUUGAUGAGAUCGAUCAGUUCCAUACAUCUGGAGAUCCGCCACCAAAGGCCCGCGAUGGGAUGAGAAUUCGGGCCACUAUAAGUGAUGGAGCACCUCUCUGUUCAGGAAAGCUCAUCAUUAUACGAAUGCAAACUGGGGAGGCCUCUCGCUUCAAGGACAUGAUUGACAUGCAAUGGGGUUCUAUACUAGUUGCAGCCUUAAGCGGUGCUGCCGGAACUUCACAGCUGCUUUCUGAUUCGAAUUCCGAUGACAAAGUGAUGCAGUGGAUCCAGAACCAGGCAAAAUUCGCUGAAGAACAUGAGUUAGUCUCUUGA